GUCUCUUGGGGAGGGGGAGUGUUUAAUACGCAGCAACGGAUUUAUGGUUUACUUAAGAUAUGCUGUGAUUGGUGUUAACACAGUUGUAUUUUAUUAAAAAAAAAGAGCAGUCGCUGGUCUCCGAUUUUCCUGUCUCGGCUUCCGUCCCAGAUAUGGGACACGCCACACGCGAAGACGAAGGGCUCGUGAGUCUUGCACGAUGAAGCGGACGUGUGACUAAGACGUUGACAGCUGGCUCGUCCACAGCUCCUCUUCACUCCGCCGCUUGUUUCGGCUGAUUUGAUUAUCGCUCAUGACCGAGGGUGUGUCUCGGGCGCACUGUCGUACGGCACGCGGGAUGGGCCAAACACGCUCUUGUCUCUCGGGCGCCAACACCGCCACGGGGUGGAAACCAGGCGAGGCGGCCCGACAGCUCCGGAUCCGGAGUUUCAGCGCCGGCGUGAAACGUCGGGCGAAGUGCCGGAUGAGAAACACGGAGUCGCCGCGGCUCCGAGGGGGGGACCAGCACGACACCGGCCAGGCGGACUUUCCAGACGGCGCCGGACGCUCGGAGACGCGUCGCGACAGCGGUCCCCUGCCGACGGAGCCCGGAGAGCGCCGGACAGCCCCGGGUCGUGAAACCUCGCCCGGCCUUCCCGAUGCGGCGGCGGCCGCGGACGGCUGUGCGGUGACCGGGUCGGCGCCGGCCGCGUUGUCCCAUGCGUUCGGUUCGGGCACACGGGCGGGUGAACUCGGCGAAACGGACCGCGUCGGCAAGCGGAGCAGCGGGCCGAGAAGCGAGGGAGAGGACGACCAUGCCUCGGAUCCCCCGGCGGGGGCCAUGGAAAAUCCGCCAUUGGGAGAAAGCGUGCAGGAUCCCAGCGUCUCGGACGUGAACGCGUCGUCGCGCGCCACCCGAGCGAGCGCAGCGCCCGAGGGGGCCGCGCGGACCUCGGCUUCGGCGUGUGGAACUUUAAAAAGCGAGUCGUCGUUCUUGCCCGUCGCGAGCGAGCGAGCCGAGGCCGGGAUGACCAAAUCCGACUCGACGACGCUGUCGUGCCGGCCCGGAGCCGUCGCGGAUCGCCGGGGGAAACGCUGCCCGGCCGAGUCCGAGAACCCAGAGGGCUCCGGUCACGCGGGGAGUCCGCCCGGUGGCCAAAGUUUCCCCGGUACCAUCCCCAAGCUGAUCAUAACCAGAGACCCCAGUCCGGGCAGGUCGAAGGCUCCGGCACCCCCUCAGGUCCUUGGACAGGGAAUCGGCGGGUCAUGUGUGGAGACCCACCAGGGCGAGGAGUCGCCUUACUCGGACAGCGGCUGCGGCGGGUCGCCCGCCUUGAUGCGCUCCCCCAGAAAGCUGUCCAACUCCUCCUCCCUCGGCCUGUCCUCCGCGUCUUCCUUUGAGGAGUCCGAGGACGACUUCAACGGGAGCGACAUCGAGUCCAGCCUGUCUCCUGCCAGGUGCAAGUCUCUGGGCAGCCCGGACGAUGGGACGGGGAAUAAACCUUGGCACAAGUUGAAAACCAUGGUUCACUGGUCACCCUUUGUCGUGUCCUUCAAGAAGUCUUACCCAUGGGUACAAUUAGCUGGUCACGCAGGUAACUUCCAGGCUGGGGAUUACGGGCGCCUGUUGAAGCGCUACUGUGAGUGUGAGCAGUUGUGCCUGCAGAAGCUGAUGGGGGACAUUCUGCAGCCUUACGUGCCUGGGUACUACGGCGUGGUACAGAGGGAUGAGCAGGAGUAUAACCUGAUGGAUGACCUACUGGCUGACUUUGACUCGCCAUCCAUAAUGGACUGUAAGAUGGGCAGCAGAACGUACUUGGAGGAGGAGCUGAUUAAGGCUAGAGAGCGGCCGCGUCUGAGGAGGGACAUGUAUGAGAAGAUGGUGGCGGUGGACCCCGGGGCCCCGACAGAGCAGGAGAGGGCCCAGCAGGGUAUCCUCAAACCCAGAUACAUGCAGUGGAGAGAAACCCUCAGCUCCACGGCAACCCUGGGCUUCCGCAUCGAAGGCAUUAAGAAAGCAGAUGGAACCUGCAACACAAAUUUUAAGAAGACUAAGCACAGAGAGCAGGUGAUGCAGGCCUUAGAAGACUUUGUGGAUGGAAACAUUCAGAUCCUGAAAGUCUACCUGCAGCGGUUGGAGGAACUUCGCUCUGUGCUGGAGAAAUCCCAUUUCUUCAGGACACACGAGGUUGUGGGAAGCUCUCUGCUGUUUGUGCACGAUGCCUCGGGACAAGCCCGGGUGUGGAUGAUUGACUUUGGGAAGACUGUCCCCCUACCCGCCCCUCUCACCCUGGACCACAGGACUCCCUGGGUGGAGGGCAACAGAGAAGAUGGCUACCUCUGGGGACUGGAUAACCUCAUAGACAUCUUCAGCACUACGCUACCCCAUACACCCUGAAAGGGACGUGAAUAGUAUGAACACAAUACAGAAAGUUAUCGGGUGGACCGGUGUCCUGAUGUUCAAGGACACGGAACAGUGGAGAGAAAACCCGCAAUAUGUAAAAGCGUUUGAAGGGUAUCGGGAGUUGAGAUUGAGAAAUGGUUGUAUAGACAAGGUCCAACAAUAAGUCAGACUUAUUGCUUUUACAUACCUUUACCAUGAAUUAAGCAAACAAAUAUCAAUAUUCCCUCAAACCAAUACAGGAGGAUGAGGAAAAACAAACGCAGGCUGUGCUUUGCACUGUGGGAUAUUACCAGUGGAUGCCGUCUGUACGGAGCUGGUCCACUGGUGGAACUCGAGAUCAGAUACGUCACCACCUGCCUUCGUUGGGGUGGAGAUGCAGACAGAACCACUAUUGACUCAGCAGUGGACUUUUUAAGUGGCCUUGUAGGAGCAUUGGCUAAUGGAGUUGGUUUUUUUUUUUUUCAUGGACCACUUUUAAUUUCGACUUUUUAUGAACAAGCAUACACCAACACUAAAACACUGGGAAAGCCGUGUAAACAAUUCCAGUGCAAACUGUCUCUGUAAAUACCAUUUUAUUUAAUUUUUUUUUUUGCCUUCUUAUUUUCUUACCCUGAACUGUUUCUGUGCCUAGUGUUUGUAAUGGAACAGCUGUUAAACCAUUCCAAUGCAUUGAAUUUAUUUUUCUUCAAGAGCGCGCCUCGUUGUAUAAACUGAUGUCUACUCCCAAAGUUUUCAACUUCUAGCGGAAGCCGAAAGUGCUUCUUGAUUGGACGACGUGGCCAAGAAAGCAUCUGAAAUAAGCGUAUGGGGGUUAUCCCACCCCACCCCACCCACCCUCAUUAUUAUGUACAGUACGUGGUUUGCCAGCCAUGCCUAUGUGGAAUGUAUUGCACUAUGGAUCCUCCCAAAGCCAUCGAACAAAACACGCUCUGCCUCGUGUCUCGACAGGUUGAGGCUCUGAAAUCCUGGGUUCACAGAUGACAACGGUAAAGCAGGUUAAUAGGUUAUUUCGUAUUAUUAGUCGGUUUUUAGCCAUAUUUAGAUUCCUGAGGACUUAAGUACAAGAGUUAAUCAAUGGCGUUUAAAAAAAAUAGGGUCAAUUGAAACUGGCGCUGCCUGAUAAGACUUAACUGAUGGUGUGCCAUCUCUACCUCUGUUACGCGAAAUAGAGAAUUUCAGUUUUUCUCAAGUCUUAAUAGACGGCACAUCAGCAAAGACAAGAAUAACAUUGCUUUAAAUGUCAGGGCAAUGCUAUAACCCAUCAUUUUAGCUAGCCUCAACAGUAAAUUUGAUUUCUAGUAUGCAAGUUUUUAGUUUACAAGGAAGAUGACAACGUCUCUCCACAACAAUUUGAGUGUACGAAGUUGGCGCCUGUGACCGAAUUCACCGUUUCACAUUUGGCGUUCCUUGUUUGGAAUGUGGAAGGUCUUCUCUUCCUGUCAGCGAGCAUUCCAUUCCAAGUCUUCCAGCAAGGUCAUGUCCUGCAGCAUCGUCAGACGGCACUGUUUGUGCAUGCAAGAAGAACACUCGGUACGAAACGAAAGGGCUUUAAAAUGAGUGUUGCAACCGUCUGAUGUGGAGGAAUUGCAAUUCAGGAAUGUUUUUCCUCUAGAAAUUUCCCAAUCAUGCACAUGUACUGGAAGAUGGGAUUAACCGUGUUUACAAAGUAUUCCAUUUCUUAUACACUUUAAACUUUAUAUUUGUGAUAUAACUAAUAAACCAUCAGGUUUUCUAAUCGGGUGCUUUGCAAGGGUGAGAACUGGAUUGUCGUGCCAGAGGCGAUUCUUGACUUUGUCUAACCAAAUGAGCCGCACAUUUAAAGGCGACACAUUUUAAAGAGGGGCAAAAUAUAUGGAAUUGUGAAAAGUUAUAGAGUCCCUGCUUUUUCUAGAAUGUCAUUGAUUUGAAAUAAACUGGAACCAAGA